AUGCAAGUUAUUAUUACGUCCAGUAACUCAAAACUGACACAUGAAACAAAAGAGCUUCUUGUGGACAUAGAGGGGAUUUUUCCCGGGGCAACGCCCAUUCCCCGAAAAAACAGAAAGUUCAGCGACUUUCUGAAGGAGGAGGCAACAGAGGACGAAGUCAUGGUCAUCCGGCUGGACCAAGUGGACUCUGUCAGAAGAAGGCUUCUCUUCAUCAAGAAAGACGCAAAAAACAACAUAACGACAAGCACGUACUCCAUUGUGUCGUAUACGCUUUCAAGGCGGCUGAAUGGGGCAGUUGACUCGGGACACAUGCCGGAAAUAACUUUGACAAACUUUGACGAAACAGAAAACGACGUGCGGUUUGUCAAGGACAUUGAAGACGCCUUCAGCACGGAAGACCCAGACUUUGAGGGCAGGCAGGUGGUGUCCUUUACGAAAAAGCGAGGGUUCAUUCUGUGCAGAAAGCACCGGUACAUCAUAAGGCUGCCGGAGAACGCUGCAAAGGAGGAAGUUGUAAGGCUGGACGAAAUAGGGCCGCGGCUCUCUCUGAAGCUGCAGAUGGUAGACGUAAACGAAAACUACAUUUUCAGACACACAAAAAACAUAAAGCUAAAGGACUAG